UCUUUUUGAUAUCCCAAAGAAAACGGGGCUAAUUAGCGUUUGACAAUGUUGUUUGAAAAAGGCCUGCUCUUGAAAUUCAAAAGAGGGAGAAAUAAAAAGGAGAAAAAAAAAUAAGGAGGGACACAAAAAGGGACCCAACUAAUGACAAAGACAAAAACUUUGGAUUUUGAACAAACAUUACCAGAUGUUAUGAUUAAUGCUUAUUCAACACUACCAUUUUACCAUCUCUCUCUGUGGUUUUGGAAGUUGCCAGUGAAAAAAACAACCAUCACCAAACUACUCCACUUGAUUCGGUUCUUCUUUUCUUGUUCUUGAACAUAAUUCUGCUUCAUGGACAAGCAUCAUCAGCAUCUUCUGCUACAGCAUCAUCAACAUCUCCAUCAUCACCAGAAGCUCUCGCUUGCUAAAUCUUCCCGACAAAGCUGUAGUGAAUGGAUCUUUCGAGACGUUCCAAGUGAUAUAACCAUAGAAGUAAACGGAGGAAACUUUGCUCUGCAUAAGUUCCCUUUAGUCUCUAGAAGUGGAAGAAUCCGGAGAAUCGUUGCAGAACACAGAGAUUCAGAUAUCUCCAAAGUGGAGCUUCUCAAUCUCCCAGGAGGAGCAGAGAUAUUCGAAUUAGCAGCCAAAUUCUGCUAUGGAAUUAACUUUGAGAUCACUUCAUCAAACGUUGCGCAGCUCUUUUGCGUCUCUGAUUACCUCGAGAUGACAGAAGAGUAUUCCAAAGACAAUUUGGCUUCAAGAACAGAGGAGUAUUUGGAGAGCAUUGUAUGCAAGAACCUUGAGAUGUGUGUUGAAGUCUUGAAACAAUCAGAGAAUCUUCUCCCACUUGCAGACGAACUCAAUAUCAUAAGCAGAUGCAUCGAUGCCAUUGCCUCAAAGGCCUGCGCCGAGCAGAUCGCUUCGAGCUUCUCACGGUUGGAGUAUAGUAGCUCAGGUAGACUUCACAUGAGCAGGCAAGCGAAGAGCAGCGAUGGAGGAGAUUGGUGGAUUGAAGAUCUUUCGGUUCUUAGGAUUGAUUUUUAUCAGAGAGUGAUGAAUGCAAUGAAGUGCCGUGGCGUGCGUCCAGAGAGUAUAGGAGCUUCUUUGGUGAGUUACGCCGAGAGAGAACUGACAAGAAGAUCCGAGACCGGACAUCAUGAACAUGAACAAACCAUCGUUGAGACAAUUGUUGCUCUUUUGCCUGUUGAAAAACUCGUGGUUCCCAUAAGUUUUCUCUUCGGGUUACUGAGAAGAGCAGUGAUGCUUGAUACUUCAGUUUCCUCUAGGCUUGAUCUAGAGAGGAGGAUAGGUUCUCAGCUUGAUAUGGCGACUCUAGACGAUCUAUUGAUACCGUCUUUUCGUCAUGCAGGAGACACUUUGUUCGAAAUUGACACGGUUCAUAGAAUCUUGGUGAAUUUCUCACAACAAGGAGGAGAUGAUAGCGAGGAUGAAGAGUCUGUGUUUGAAUGUGAUAGUCCACAUUCGCCUUCACAAAGCGCCAUGUUUAAAGUUGCAAAGCUUGUAGACAGUUAUCUUGCUGAGAUUGCUCCUGAUGCUAACCUUGACCUUGCCAAAUUCUUGCUCAUUGCAGAAGCCUUACCUCUUCAUGCUCGCACCCUUCAUGAUGGCUUAUAUCGCGCCAUUGAUCUUUAUCUUAAGGUGCAUCAAGGGUUAUCAGAUUCAGAUAAGAAGAAGCUGUCAAAACUUAUUGACUUCCAGAAACUCUCACAAGAGGCUGGAGCACACGCUGCUCAAAACGAGCGGCUUCCUCUGCAAUCCAUAGUUCAAGUUCUCUACUUUGAGCAACUGAAACUUAGAAGCUCUUUGUGUUCUUCUUACUCAGACGAAGAGGCAAAGCCAAAGCAGCACCAGCAGCAACAGUCAUGGAGAAUAAACAGUGGAGCUCUCAGCGCAGCAAUGUCGCCCAAAGACAACUAUGCGUCUCUGAGAAGAGAAAACCGGGAACUGAAACUCGAGUUAGCUAGGUUGAGAAUGAGGCUUAACGAUUUAGAGAAGGAGCAUAUCUGUAUGAAGAGAGAUAUGCAUAGGUCUCACUCGCGCAAAUUCAUGAGCAGUUUCUCAAAGAAAAUGGGGAAACUUAGCUUCUUCGGGCAUAGUUCUUCAAGAGGAUCAAGCUCUCCAUCAAAGCAGUCUUUCAGAACAGAUUCAAAGGUGAUGGAUAGAACUUGUGCAAGCACCGAUUAGCUCAGUUUAAAGUUUCACCAGUUUUAUCAUUUUCUUUCUUCUUUUCUCUUACCUAUUGCUGUUUUUUAAGUGAGUGCUAAGACAAGACUUGAUAUACUAGUCUGCGAGUGAGUUGAUAUUUUCAAUUAUCGACCUUGUAAAUGGA